AUGAAAGCCUCCGUCGUCACCCUUAUAACGCUCCUGAGCUUCUCGACCGCCACCCCACACAAACGAAGAGAUGGCAAAUGCGGGGGGCCUCCAGAUCCAAUCAAAACGUGCACAAAGACGCUCGAGGCCUUGAAAUGGACAGUCGACGACUUCGACUUCCAUGCCUCUUACGUCUUCACCAACCCGGCUCACCAGAACUCGUGGGGUUAUGUCAACUUUAACGUUUCCAACGAUGUCGUGCCCUACACCGCUUCGUGCAGUGCCUCUAGCAGCCAGCUGUCCGACUUCUUCUAUGGGACCGUCGAGUAUGCGUGCACACUGGCGGGAACUGGUGUGCCGGCUGGGGCGAAGGUUGGAUUCAAAUUUAGCAGACCUGCUGGCACGUUGGAGAUCAGUGAGACUAUUGACUGCAGUGACAAGCUGUUUUCUGUGAGCGGAGCGACCACCUUAACCCUGUCAUGCACCGACGUGACAACGGAGAAUCCUAGCUGGACGCCUGGACAAAUAUACAGCGCUCGCGAGAUCAAAUGCGCGCCAGUUGAUGUUACGAUUGGAGCGGGGAGUGUGACGGCACUGAAAAGACUGUCGGCGCGCGUGUAUCUAUGAUGAAAGAAUUGGAGAUUUGUCAACGGUUGGGUAUCAGACUGCAUGCACUCUUAUCGAAGAAAGUGAAGAAAGUGAAAGUUCGAG